AUUGCGGAAUCAUCAGUGACCGAAUAACUCAUGUAAAUGAACGAGUUAGGGAGACAAUUGUAUAAUUUUACUAUUUUUUACAAAGGUCGUGACUUUUAUCUGUUUCUUUUUAUAAGGUAUGUCCUACUAAACCUAUAUUAAUGAGCUGUAUAUAAUAAUAAUACUCGUUGUGGUCAGAUUGGAAAUGUUAGAAAUAUUUCUAGAGCUAUAUUUUAUAAUGUUUUGUAUAAAUUUUGUCAAUUGAAUACGCGAGUGUCGCCUUAAAUAAGGUUGGCUAUAUGAGAUAACAAAUCAAAUAUAUUCAAAUGACUCUUAAAGAAAAAACAAACAUGCCAGAAGAUACGUUUUCAUCUCCGGAGGAUGAAAGGAAAAAAAUGGCGGUAAAUUCAGAAAAUAAAUUUUCGUCUACAUUUAGCACUUAUUUGACAUUACUCGGAUAUUCUCUUGGAAUGUCGGAUAUUUGGAGAUUUCCAUUCUUGCUCAAAAGGAACGGCGGAGGAGCUUUCCUAAUACCAUUUGUCAUUAUGAUUGUCGUCUGCGGAAUUCCGAUGUAUUUCUUGGAAUACUCGAUCUCAAAAUUUUCUGGGAGGGGAGCAUAUCAACUUUGGGACAUAAGUCCUUUAUUCAGAGGUGUUGGUGUGGCGGUGAGCGUAGCAUACGGACUGUACAUGAUUGGCUCAAGUAUUUUCCGUUGCUGGAUUAUUGAGUUCAUCGUAUUUGCCGUCCGAGAGCCUAUACCCUGGAGUCAUUGUAACAACGAAUGGAAUACGCCAUUUUGUAAGGACAAUACGGCUUUGGUAAACACCGAGACGAAUGGAUCAGACACAUCGUUGUCGACAACCUUCUCCAAUAUAAGUAUUUAUAGUAACAGUACAGAUGUUUCAACAGCUUAUACAAACGUGACUACAAAUGUUUCAGUAGUUGCUACAAGUAUUUCAGGGACACCGAUGUCGGCUGCUGAGGAAUUUUGGCAGUACCAAGUUCUACAGCUGUCGUCAGGUGUUUCUGAUUUCUCGCCCGUGAUUUUGCGAUAUUUCCUGUACAUGUUCCUGUUCCGACUUGUGAUUCUUCUAGGUAGCUGGAAAAGUAUCAAAUCUAUUGAAAAAGUCAUUUAUGUGACGGCUACGGUACCCUUUAUAAUGACAGUUGCUAUAUUUAUCCGGUCUCUGAUGUUGCCAGGUUCAGCGGAUGGUAUCUACUAUUUCUUCUAUCCCGAAUUCGACAAAAUACUGAAAGCUAGGGUGUGGAUUGAAGCUACUCUCAUGGCAUUUUACACUUUGGCAUUCGGUUGGGGAGCUAAUCUUUUAUUAGGCUCUCAUGCAGAUUUUAAAGAUAACUGUUUAAGGACUGCAAUCGUUUUACCAAUAAUAGAUAUGCUGAUGGCAGUUUUCAGUGGUAUGGUAUGUUUCUGUGUCCUCGGAAAUAUGGCACACACUUAUGGGGUUCAUGUCACAAAAGUCAUCAAUGCUGGAAUGGCGACAGGGAUGGUUGCGUAUAUUACAGCUUUAACGUCAUUUCCGCUUCCGCAAUUAUGGACAUCUUUAUUCUUAAUAUCAAUAUUGUUAACUGGUGUUGAUUCGCAACUUAUUCCACUGGACAUGAUAAUGCAGCUGAUUGGAGAUCUCUAUCCUCGUGCCAGGGCCGGAAGUCGACUUUACGUAUUGAUUGGAGUUAGCCUCGUUUUAUUUCUCGUGUCUCUACUGCUUUGUAAUGGGGCUGGGGCGUAUAUAUUUCUCUGGAAUGACUGGUAUGGUGGCGCUUGGGUUGGACCAAUUGUUGCAUUCAUUGAAGUAGUUGUGGUAGCCUGGAUAUACGGUAUGGACCGUUUCAACUCUGAUGUGAUCAUGAUGAUUGGAAGACCCAUACCAGCUUUGCUGAGAGUUGGAACAGCAUUUGUAUCUCCAAUAAUUAUUGCGGUUAUAUUUUGUACAAGUAUUGUAGAAUAUAUUCCUCCAAAAUAUGGUUCCUACUCGUACCCGACAGCUGCACGCAUUCUUGGCUGGCUAAUCGUAGCCUUAAUCAUGAUGCCUAUAUUGACACAAGCACUUUAUAUACUCAGAAAACCGGGUUCAUCAAUAGUAAAGAAAAUGAAACACUACAUGAAGCCGUUAGAUACAUGGGGACCUUGUGACGUGGACAAAGAAGAAGAAUUUCACGAAAAGAAAUUUAAAUACAACGAAAGAACAUUCAGGGACUUAUUAUAUUUUAAUUUCUUUGGAGACUAUCCAUCAAAUUCUGCUAUGUGUAAUAUUUUGAAUCAGGAACUUAAAGUUUUGCACAAAAAUGGAGAGCGAGUACAGAUUUAGAAAUAAUAAUUUAAAUGCUCAAGUGUUGAACAAGAUGACCGAUUUGAACGCUCAAGAUGUCCGUUUGUUUGGGAUAUAUGUAAGAUCUUACAUAAGUAUUCAUUUCAGCAGACUGAGUGGUUUACUUCUUCUGGUCAAUCGAAAUCACUGACUCGUUUACUUUUGGUGUUUGAAACUGAAUACUGCUUAAUACUGGAAAUUGAAUAUUGCUUAAGCCAAUUCUUCGGGGCAUUACAGAUCUUGCACUUUCUAAAGUCAUUAAUGGACACAUUCAAUAAAUACAGUCUACGAUUUGAUUUUCGUAAUCAUUUUUUUUUCUCUCGAUGGAAUUGUGCUAAAUUUUCAUUAAAAUUGAGACAAAUGUAUAUGAAAAUCUAGGAAAGUGUCAUCUGCAGGCUUAACACAUAUUCCGUGACAAGGUUUUGUAAAUCUAAAUAAAAUGUCAACGAAUGUCA